UGCGGCUGAGAGUAGCUUGCUUGGUGUAUGUCCGGAAGGGCGCGAGUAUGAACUUGUUGCAGCUUGUAAAUUGAGUGUUCUUUCUUUUAUAAGUAUGCUGAACAGUGACAGGCGUUAAGAACAAGCGACACAGAAUCACAAUGAGUUUAGCGUUGAGGGCUGAAUUUGCUCUGGAUAAGACAAAAAAGAAGAAGAAGCGUGAGUUGGCCGACGAACAAAAGCAGGAGAUAAAAGAGGCAUUCGACUUAUUUGACACGGAUAAAGAUCGUGCAAUUGACUACCAUGAACUGAAGGUGGCAAUGCGAGCUCUUGGAUUUGAGGUAAAGAAGGCCGACGUCUUGAAGGUUCUCCGGGAUUACGACCGCGAGGGCACCGGCAAGAUUACGUUUGAUGAUUUCAAUGAAGUCAUAACUGACAUGAUGUUAGAGCGAGACCCACAGCAGGAAAUACUAAAAGCCUUCAAGCUGUUUGACGACGACAGUUCGGGGAAAAUCAGCUUACGCAAUUUGAGAAGGGUAGCAAGAGAGCUGGGGGAGAACAUGACAGAUGAAGAACUGCGAGCGAUGAUAGAAGAAUUUGACAGAGACGGAGAUGGUGAAAUUUGUGAAGAAGAGUUCAUUGCCAUCAUGACAGGAGACACGUAGAUAGAUGGAACUCCACACCGAGUGAUUUCUGUGAUAGUUGUCGUUUCCGGAGAAAUGAUAAUGUGGUGCAGCAUUGAAGACAUUGUUCAGUGCAUGAAUGAUAGACAUAAAACUGUCAAAAAACCAGCGCACACUUUUUGAAAGUAUCUUAGCGCUACGAUAUCAUAAAACCAUCAUAGAUUGUGACGAUGUCACUACACCACAUGCCAUGGUGACGUCAUAACUUACUAUGGUUAUACGAUUUUGUGACACUAAGAUAGCUUCAGAAAUACAUGUCUGGGCCCAGGAUGCUAGAAGCAGGAUAAAGUUAGCUGUAGCUAAAACUUUAGUCAGUUUUAAUUUCGAUUAAAUAACCAAAAUCAUUAGGGGCUUUCAGAGGAUGUCAAAGUUACGUCGCUUUGCUCUGUAGGACUCUGUAGGAUAUAGCUGUGCACCCCCACCAACCCCUGCUGUAGACAUAAUUGGAGGGCUUGCCCACCCCACCAAUUGUCUUUUUUUAAUAUAAAUAUAUUUAUCAUAUAAUAUCUAGCAUAUCCAGUGUAAUCAAAGUAUGUGAUGUUUUUCAGAUCACAUACUUUUGGAAUUUGAUAACUUUGCAAAUUAGAUGUUAAUUAAUCGAGGUGUCGGGACUAGGUUUAUUGACCUUUAAGCAAACUUCUACGAUGACACUCCAUAAUUGAUAUGUGCAUUCAUAGUCGUCAAAUAAAAACAUUUCAAUAGCAACUUUACACUGAAAGCUGUCCAUCGUUCAGAAAACUAAAAGUUGUUGAGCACUAGUUUAUUUUUAUGUAAGGAUAUCCAAAAUGAUGUUAUUCAAGAUUCACAACAUUUCCAUUUAAAAAGACACAGCUUCAUGUAUACUAACGUCAUUUGUAUGUCAAGUAAUGGCUGACUGGAAUUAAAGUUGUGGAUACAGCUUACAAAAAACAUCUUUUAUUAAGCCAGUGGCUCGCAUAAUUCAAUUUUUAUUCCGAAUAUAUCAUACGAUACUGAAAGACACUGGUAAUAAUCGCUAUGUACAAAAUA